AUGUCCUCGCUGGGGGUCGCUCCGCCCGCUGGUACCAUCAGUGUGCGCGCCCUGUCCUCGAUCAACCCGCCUCACCUCAAACGCAGCACCAUGAAGCUGAUGAAGGAGAACCAACAGCAACAGCAGCAACAGCAGCAGCAGCAGCUCGUCGUUGGGGACCGUGCCCUUGACUUGGGGGGCCUGAAGCCCACCCUCAAGCGGAAGCUACCCCUCGGCAACUACGUCAGCAGCUCGGCCAACAUCCUCGCAUCGUCGGCACGUGCCGUCGGUGGCAGUGGGCGGAAGGAGCACCUGGUACACCGCGCCACCACCACCACCACCACCAGGCGUACCAUCCCGGAGCGUACCGACCCCAAGACCGCCGCUGUGUCAGCCGUCGAGCGCCGGAAUGCCCGCGAGCGCAACCGGGUACAGCAAGUGAACAAUGGGUUUGCGGCGCUACGGCAGCGCAUCCCGGAUGAGAUUGCGGCAGCGUUUGAGGCGUCAGCCGCGCCCUCGGCGACGGCGACGCCGUCGGCACGGGGCCCCACGAACGCCCACAAGAAGCUGAGCAAGGUCGAGACACUCCGGAUGGCGGUCGAGUACAUCAAGAGCCUCGAGCGUCUCCUGGCGCUCAACGACACGACGACGACGGUGGCGGCUGCGUCGGCGGGACAUCCCGGGAUGCCGCAGGACAGUCAGCUACCGGCGACACCACCGCCGGAACCGGCACACCACGCCGGUCAAUCGCCGGCCGGCUUUUUCCUCGCGCUCAAACCACGCACCAUCGGGAACCACCCGGUUGGCGACUGCUUCGAUCAGACGCAGAUCACGAUCAUCAACGGGCACCAGUACUUGCGCAUCCCGGGCACCAACACGUUCCACUAUCUCGACCCGGAGAGUCUGUACGGGGAGGAUGUAGCGAUGGGGCUGGGUGGUGGUGGUGGUGGCUGUGCUGGUGGCGGUCCCCGUGCCCGUUCGCCAAGAUUCCGCAACGACGACUGCGACGUCGGCAACGAGGAUGAUGAGGAUGUUGGGGCGUAUGAUGUUGAGGACGAGGAAGGGGAGGAGGACGAGGAGGAGGGGUACGAUGAGCUGGGGGACGAGACGCUCUCGAGUACGGUCGAUCUGCUGAGCGAAUCCGCCGUGGCCCUCUCGCCGCAGAGCAACUUUGCGCUCGACAGUCCGCCCGGUCUCGGUCCGAUCUCACAACCGAGCUCGGAGCUGGCGGUGGGACUACCAGUCGCGAACACGACGAGCGCAACGCCCGGACACGGUGUGCUGGAUGAUGGGUUUGAUCAGCAGCAGCAGCAGCAGCAAUACGACGACCAACUGAUGCUGAUCAAGUCCGAACUCGACGAGGAUGACGCGGAGCUUGCCGACGAUCCGGCCUUCCUCAGCUGGAUUGAAGCGAACCAGCAGCUGCAGGACCAUCCCUGGAUCAAGGAUCGUUCCACCUGGCCUGGACCCCCGGAGGAACUAUCGGCCGCUAAUGGCCGCGAACGGAGUGCGCUCUGCUUAGUGGUGGUGGAGCGCAGAGCGUAG